CUAACAUCUGUACAGCUGUUUAACCACAUAUACAAUGGUGGGAUGUAACUGAACUCAUAUCGACGGCAGGCAGGCAGUCCAACAGCAACGGUGAGCUGCCUCUGAAGUGAAAAGAAGCGGUAGACGGUGAAAGUGAAAGGAGGGCUACAUAACUGUGAAAAGCACCGCGCACGCAGUCCCCAUACAGACAGACAACACAGGGAGAGAGGCCCCGGGUCUAACGCUUCCAGGCAGCAGCAGCAGCUCAGCGGACACAGCCAUGGCUAACAUCGCGGUUCAAAGGAUCAAGCGGGAGUUCAAAGAAGUUCUCAAAAGCGAAGAGACAAGUAAAAACCAGAUAAAAGUAGAUUUGGUGGAUGAGAACUUCACAGAGUUGAGGGGGGAGAUAGCAGGUCCUCCAGACACACCAUAUGAAGGUGGCAGGUAUCAGCUUGAAAUAAAAAUCCCAGAAACCUAUCCUUUUAACCCACCAAAGGUACGUUUCAUCACUAAGAUCUGGCACCCUAAUAUCAGUUCUGUGACAGGAGCAAUAUGUCUGGACAUUUUAAAAGACCAGUGGGCAGCUGCUAUGACACUGCGGACAGUGUUAUUGUCUCUACAGGCUCUCCUUGCUGCAGCAGAACCAGACGAUCCACAGGAUGCAGUAGUAGCCAACCAGUAUAAGCAGAACCCAGAAAUGUUCAAACAGACCGCGAGGCUGUGGUCUCACGUCUAUGCUGGAGCUCCUGUCUCCAGUCCUGACUACACACGUAAAAUAGACAAACUCUGUGCCAUGGGCUUUGAUAAGAAUGCAGUAAUAGCGGCCUUGUCUUCAAAAUCCUGGGAUGUGGAAACAGCGACAGAGCUGCUCCUCAGCAACUGAGAGCCAGCCAGGUGUGAGGAUCCCAAACCGACUCCCUUCAUCACAACAUCAGCUCCUCCCCCGGCACAUUCCGCCUUUGCCUUUUGUUACACAGACAACACCCCAUUCACCACAGCAGUCGGAGUCUUCUUUUUAUAACAAAAUUUAUUUGCUACAAACCUAACACCGGUAGCACCACAAUCGCCAAUAUGCACACUACACUGUUGCCUGUCUGAUCCCAUGCCGAGUCUCACGAAAUCAAAAAAGUUUAUCCUUGUAAUAAGCCCUGAAAACUUUGUCAUGCAUCUUGUUUUCCAUGCCUUUUAAUCAUAUUGGCUCUGAAACUUUUUUCACAAAUUCGUGUUCCUUAUUAUUGCUAAGAAUCAAAUGUAACUGCCAAUUCCUGGUGGAUUUUCCAGGGUAAAAUUUGAAAGGAAAUCCUGCACACUGCUCUCACAGCACAUCACCAUUUACUCUUUCAGCAGCGAGUUGGACCUUGUGUUAGAUUAUUAUCUCUCGUAUGGACAUUUAAUACGUUAAAGGUUGUAAUUUACGUUUACUUGACGGGAUAGUGUUCUGUAUGAGCAGUGUAACGGAUUUUUCCUGAACAGUUUAAUCAGAGAUGCUUCAAUCAUCAGCAGAUGUUUGGAUGUACAAAAGUUUUUCUUUCUGUCUGUAGAAGUAGAAAAGAUCACACAGACAUCCUCAGACAUCCGCACACAUGCACAGAAGAAAAAGGUUAUCUGUAAAUAGAUGCGUGUAAAUUUGAAAAUACAAUGGGGAUAUACUUUUUUUCUUACAUGGCAUUGUAAAACAAAUUAUUUUAAAUAUAAACUAUGCCUAGUUUACAACAAUAUGGAAGAGAUAUCUUUUUAUGCUUUUGUGACCCAUGAGAACUCCCUCUGAAUGUCCUGUUGUGUUUUCUCUUUAAGAUUGUUGUUUAGAGGUGGCACAGCCAACAUCCUGGCCUUAAAGGCACAGAAGGUGACAGCCAGCUCUGGCCCGUGAAGUUCAUUACAUGCCACCUUCUCUGCUACACCACCACCCAACCUUUUCAUGUGUCUUUUAUUGUCCUUGCAUGUUCUACGCUGCCUUUAUAUUUUGUUUGGCUAAAUGAUGUGGUGAUGGGGGUGUCUGUUCGAUUCAACAUCCCUUCAGACUUGUGGAGCCCGCAAGACUCUCUAAUGUAUGGAAAGAGACACCUGGAACUUCUGCUCGGCAAACCACUCAAGCACACCCAGUUUGGCGUGAAAUCAGUAGGGAACCAAAGCCUUUUCUGUUGAUUUUACGAGUAUGUCGCUGGAAAAUUUUCUCCUCUCUGAACAGAUUUGUCUGGCACACCUCAAGAUGAAAUGAGUGUUUCUGAAAGUUAUUAAGGAUUUGAGUUUGCAAUGCAGUGGUUGUAUUUAUUUAUUUUUUUUUUGUACUCAUUUCAGAGCAAUCAUUUUCAACAAUAGGCACAGAUUAAGGAUUUGCUCACCCUCUCAGUCCUGAGGGGAAGCUUUAUCACUGCAGUGGUGCAGCAGUACUCAAUCAAAACUUUGGCCAUAUAUACAGGUAAUAUAGGUGAUGUCCUAUAUUCCCAGACAUGCUUUACUAUACAGCCAAAUAAAGUGCUCAUUGAGGUUGUCUUUGAAUGAUGUCUUCUGAGUUGUUAAAGAGGCUGGAACUCCUCUGUUAAUCUAUAAAGCAGAUAGCAGGCCUGUAUAGUGUUUUCACACAUUUUGAUUUGAGGUACAUGGACUGUAAAGAAAUGCUUAGUAUAUAGAGCAGUGGGGUGUUGGCGCAUCCUCACACAUGGCCUUUCUUUUUUUUUUUUUUAAAAAAAAGAAGAAAAGAAACAAUCUUCCUUUUGCUUGCCCACCAGCUCAGUCCCCACCAAUACAGUGGCAUAUUACAGUACUACAUGGAGUAAUCAUGCAACCAUCUCUGCUGACAUUGAACGAGUUUCCAGCCAGAGCCAAAAAAAAAAAAAGUUCAUAGU